CAUGUUUGGUUCUCAAAUCUCAAUGAUUAAAUCGCGACAAGGACUCGUCAUCCGUUCCUUGCCGCUGCCCUUAUCAUCAGCGCCUGUGACCUGCCAGCUCGAGAAACCGAGGGACAGGGAGAUCGAUGGCCGCGCCAGACCCGCCGCCGCGGCCAGGGAAGCCCCCGCUGCCGUGGCGCGCGCGGCUGCUUGUGGGCGCCGCCUCCACGCUGCACGCCGCCUCGCUCCGCCGCGAUGGCACCGUCAACCGCUUCCUGCUCUCCCUCUUCGACCGCACCGCGGCGCUCACCCCGACGGCCCCCGUCGGCGGCGUGGCAUCCACGGACCACGCCGUCUCCGACCACCUGCACACCCGCAUCUUCGUCCCGGAGAUCCCAGGCGGCGGGGGCAAAGAGCUCCCGGUGGUCGUGUACUUCCACGGCGGCGGCUUCGUCUUCCACUCCGCGGCGUCGGCGCAGUUCGACGAGCUGUGCCGCCGCCUAGCGUCCGCCAUCCCAGCCGUCAUCGCCUCCGUCGACUACCGCCUCGCGCCCGAGCACCGCUUCCCGGCGCAGUACGACGACGGCGAGGCAGCCCUCCGGUGGGUCCUCGCCGGCGCGGGAGGCGCGCUGCCGUCUCCCCCCGCCGCUGCCGUCUUCGUGGCCGGGGACAGCGCCGGCGGCAACGUUGCGCACCACGUCGCCGCGCGCCUCCCCGACGCCGUCGCGGGGCUGGUCGCCGUGCAGCCAUUCUUCAGCGGCGAGGCGCCCACGGAGUCGGAGCUGCGGCUCCGCGACGCCCCGUUCGGUGGCCCCGAGCGGCUGGCGUGGCUGUGGCGCGCGUUCCUGCCCCCCGGCGCCACGCGGGACCACGAGGCUGCCAACGUGCCCGCCGCGAUCAGGCGGGACGCGGGCGCGGGCGACGACCGGUGGCGGACGUUCCCGCCCACGCUGGUGUGCGUCGGCGGAUGGGACGUGCACCAGGACAGGCAAAGGGCGUACGCCGACGCGCUCCGCGCCGCGGGCGCCGAGGAGGUCACCGUGGCGGAGUACCCGGACGCCAUCCACGCGUUCUACAUUCUGGACGACCUCGCGGACAGCAAGAAGUUUGUGGGCGACGUCGCGGAGUUCGUGAACCGGCACACAUCGCAGAGGAAGAAACGCGCGCUAGACCACGCGGACUAGUGUUAUCUGUUUGCGAGGAUCGCAAGAAAUCGUAGGACUGAAGAAGCUUCUUUGGUGGGAAAUGGUUACCCGCUGGUUUAGAUCGAUUGUGUAGGCUCCAAAACUUCACUUCCCAGAAUCAAUCAAUGAUCGGGUUCAUCGCAGAGGUUUACCGUCUCCAACAGUUUUCGGUGUCAUUUACAGUCAGACUGCCCCUUCGUGGUUUAUGUAAGGCCUUUCUAAUAGUGGCUUUUUGUUUGUUGAUAAGAGCUUCAGGUGGUGGAGGUUUUCUUCACUAGUAUAGUAUUGGAUUUGGCUCAAGUUCUGGUUACGAUAUCACCCUUGUACUAGAACUAGGAAAUCUAAAGACUUGUUUGAUUCC